AUGGUCCAACCGGCGAUGACGCAGUUCCUUAACUCCGUCCUCUCCCAGCGCGGCCCCUCCGCCGUCCCUUACUCCGAGGAUACCAAGUGGCUUAUCCGCCAGCAUCUGGUGGCGCUCACCACCGCCUUCCCUUCGCUCGAGCCCAAAACGGCCUCCUUUACGCACAACGACGGUCGUUCCGUCAACCUCCUCCAGGCCGACGGCACCAUCCCCAUGACUUUCCAAGGCGUCACCUACAACAUCCCAGUCGUCAUCUGGCUCAUGGAGUCCUACCCCCGCCACCCGCCCUGCGUCUACGUGAAUCCCACGCGCGACAUGAUCAUCAAGCGCCCCCACCCUCACGUUAACCCUUCCGGUUUGGUUUCCGUCCCUUACUUGCAGAAUUGGACCUACCCUAGUUCCAACCUCGUCGAUCUCAUUCUCAAUCUAAGCCUCCACUUCGGUCGCGACCCUCCCCUCUAUUCCCAACGCAGACCUAGCCCUAGCCCUAAUCCCAAUCCCAAUCCAAAUCCUCACCCUCAUCCUCCCAAUUUCGGAAACUCUUCUUCUAAUUUGUCUUCUUCUUCUUCUUCUUCUUUAUCUGGUUACCCCCACCACCACCCCCCUUCCAGGACUUACCCUCCUUCCCCUUACCCUGCUCCCGCUUCUAGGGUUCAGAACACUGAGGAUCCUUCCGAGGUUUUCAAGCGGAACGCGAUUAACAAGCUUGUGGAGAUGGUUCAUGGCGAUGUUUCCUCCUUGAGGAAGACCAGGGAGGGUGAGAUGGAGGGGCUGUUUAGUUUGCAGGGCGUGUUAAAGCAGCGGGAGGAGAGUCUCAACAAGGGGUUGAAGGAGAUGCAGGAGGAGAUGGAGGCCCUGGAGCAGCAGUUGCAGAUUGUGUUGAUGAACACUGAUGUUUUGGAGGGGUGGUUGAGGGAUAACCAGGGGAAGAAGAUUGGGGGUCUGGAGAACCCUGAGGAUGCUUUUGAGUGUGUGGAUGUGCUCUCCAAGCAGAUGCUUGACUGCACUGCUGCUGAUUUGGCGAUUGAGGACACGCUUUAUGCGUUGGAUAAGGCUCUUCAGGUGGGGGCUGUGCCGUUUGAUCAGUACUUGAGGAGUGUGAGGUCGCUGUCCAGGGAGCAGUUCUUUCACCGCGCCACCGCCGCGAAAGUUAGGGCGGCUCAGCUGCAGGCUCAGGUUGCCAAUAUGGCUGCUCGGAAUCAGCGUUACGGUAGCUGA